UCCUGUUUCCUGGAUGGUUAUAAAGGUGGAAACAUCGCUUUUCAGUUCUUUUGAUGUUCUCACAGAAUCUCACCUUGCAGCACACUGUCUUUUAGACCAUGGCACAAGAGAACAGCAGUCUGAAGCGGCUAUGCAUCACUUUCACUGUCCUAUAUGGGAUUCUAGGAUGCAUCACCCUGACUAUUGGGAUCCUGGCAAGUUUGAGUGAUGAAGCUAAAGACUUUGACAACAGUUCUGGAAUCGUUUUGUGCUACGUGUUUGGAUCCAUCAUCAUUCUAGUUGCCCUUCUCGGGGCCUACGCCACCUGCAAGGAGAAGCUGUGGGCACUGAGGGUGUAUAAUGUCUUUUUGGUCCUUCACACCAUGGGAUGUAUCCGAGGUCUGAUUGUCCUGAAUUCUUUCCACAACGAGACAAACAACCUAGAGGCUGAAUUGAGACAACUGACUCCAUUGAAUACGGCUGAUCACAAGAUCCAAAAAGCCCUCAACAAGAUGCAGACUGUGCUUGAGUGCUGUGGACUCCUGGGUUAUGAAGACUGGGGAGAUUCUGUUCCUGAGACAUGCCACUGCCCUCCAGACUAUGAAGACAGGGCCUCAAAAUGCCGCAGUGUAGAACUACCAAGGAACUCUUGGACAUAUUUGGACAGAUCAAAGGUGGAGGUGUACAAGGAGCCCUGCGGACACUUCAUUUUGAACUACAUUAAGAUGGGGGCCAGAUUAUUGGUUGGACUCUGUGUCACAUUUACGAUUGUUGUGGUAUUUUCAACAAUAGUACACCUGAUGCUUACCUACCAGAUCAAAAAUCGACCUGCUACCGCAACCUUCUGCGAAGCUCCAAACCCCCUCCAGAACACCUAUCUGCACAAAGGAUCUGUGUACUAAGUCCAGGGAAUUGCGUACUAAGUCCAGGGAUACAUAUUUGUGCGCAUAGUCAGCUUUGCUAUGUUUUUGGAUAAAAUAUUUGAAUCUAUUAACUCACCAAGAAAAAAUCUAAAUGGAAACAUUCCAAAUGCUCUACCAAGCAGUCAAGCAGAAUCAAUAACGAAUACAAUAAUAAUUAUGGUACCAUAUUACCAGAAGGGUUAAUGAUACUUUUUUAAGUGGAAUCCCCAAUGAGUUUGGACAAAAAAAUUGUUGGUUUGUUUUACUUGCAUUUCUUUUCUUUUGUGGCUUUGCCAAGGUUGAUUUAUUUUACUUGCAAUCUAUCGUAUUAAAGAUAUUACAUAUCA